AUGGCCGCCGCCGGGAAUACGGCGAAGUGGGAGGAGCAGAUCAAGCGGAACCCGCACCCGGACUUCAACAAGGUGCAGGCGUCGCGGCCGCCGUGGGACGCGACAUCGACAUUUCGGUACACGCAGACGGCGAAGCCCGACUGGAAAUUUGGAGACGGCGCCAACGACAAGAGCUCGGGCUCGGGCUCGGGCUCGGGCUUGGUCUCGGACUCAGAGCUGGCGGCGAGCCCGGGCCACGUCUCCAUCGACCCCUACGCCCCCGGCCGGCCUGCGGGGUUCAACUAUAAGCUGCUCAUUAGCGCCAUCGUGCCGCGGCCAAUCGCCUUCCUAUCGACGCGGUCCGCCGAUGGGCUGACGACGAACCUGGCGCCGUUUAGCUACUUCCAGCUGGUGGCCCACGAUCCGCCCAUGUUCGUCAUCGGCUUCACGAGCGCCCUCGAGGCGGGCCGCGCCAAGGACAGCGUGCGCAACCUGCUGGAGCAGGGCGAGUGCGUCAUCAACAUCAUCUCCGAGUCUUUCAUCGAGGCCGCCAACAGCACCAGCAUCAACGCCCCCUACGGCGUGUCCGAGUGGGACGUGAGCGGCCUGAACCCCGUCUACGACUGCGAAACGGUCACCUGCGCCCGCGUGCGCGAGGCAAUCUUCAGCGUCGAGGGCAAGGUCGAGAGCCUGCGCGAGUUCGAGAGCAGGGCCACCCCCGGCCGCAAGAACGCCACCAUGGCCACCAUCGAGGGCACCCGAUUCUGGGCUCGCGAGGACGCCAUCAACGACGAGAGGAACAUUGUUGACCCCAGAGUGCUGCGUCCCAUCAGCAGACUGGGCGGCAUCACCUACGGCCGCCUCACCGAGGCAUUCGAACUUCAGCGGCCCGAUUUUGAAAAAGACCUAGGCGGCCGCGAGGGCGCUGCCAAGUUGGAGAGCAAGCACCCGGCAGCCAACUAA